AUGGAGUCGCGAGUGCUGUCACGCGCCGGGGCCUUGUCCUCCCUCCCUCACCUCCGCAAGCCUCCCCGGGAGACCAUCGGCUGCGCCUCCUUCGUCGCCGUGAAGGCCGUGGGGUCCUUCGCGGACGGUGGGAAUCUGAUUUGGGGGAGGCAGCUGCGUCCGGAGCUCUGCUCGCCGGCGCUGAAGAAAGAGACCGUCCUCCUCCGGCCUUGCCUGGCUGCCGCCUCCUCGCCGGCCGAGGGUGGUGAUUCCGCCGGAGAAAAGGUUGCUCCGGCGGGAUUCUUCGACAAGUACCCAGCUUUGGUCACCGGGUUUUUCUUCUUCACGUGGUACUUCUUGAACGUGAUUUUCAACAUCCUCAACAAGAAGAUCUACAACUAUUUCCCCUAUCCAUACUUCGUAUCCGUUAUCCAUUUAUUGGUGGGUGUGGUAUACUGUUUGGUGAGCUGGACCGUGGGCCUUCCUAAGCGUGCUCCAAUAGACUCCAACCUACUGAAGUUGCUCAUUCCGGUGGCUGUGUGCCAUGCAUUAGGCCAUGUGACCAGCAAUGUCUCAUUUGCUGCAGUUGCUGUUUCUUUCACUCAUACCAUUAAAGCUCUUGAACCAUUCUUCAAUGCUGCUGCUUCACAGUUCAUACUAGGCCAAUCAAUCCCCUUGACUCUGUGGCUGUCACUGGCUCCCGUUGUUAUUGGUGUGUCCAUGGCAUCUUUGACCGAGCUCUCAUUCAACUGGGUUGGCUUCAUAAGUGCUAUGAUUUCAAAUAUUUCCUUCACAUACCGGAGCAUUUAUUCAAAGAAAGCCAUGACUGAUAUGGAUAGUACCAAUGUCUAUGCCUACAUUUCCAUCAUUGCUCUAAUUGUCUGUAUACCACCUGCCGUAAUUGUGGAAGGGCCUACUCUGUUGAAGCACGGCUUCAAUGAUGCUAUUGCUAAAGUAGGUUUGGUCAAGUUCGUCUCAGAUCUCUUCUGGGUUGGUAUGUUUUACCAUCUCUACAACCAGGUGGCUACCAACACACUGGAGAGAGUGGCUCCUCUCACUCAUGCAGUUGGGAACGUACUGAAACGUGUAUUUGUGAUUGGAUUUUCAAUUAUUGUCUUCGGUAACAAGAUUAGCACCCAAACUGGUAUAGGAACAGCCAUUGCAAUUGCUGGAGUGGCACUCUACUCUCUCAUCAAAGCCAGGAUGGAGGAAGAGAAGCGACAAGCGAAAGCAGCGUAA